CUGUCUCACAAGUCGGAUUUCCCCCAAGGAAUACUGCGGAUAGAAAGAGCGUCCUCGGAGACCCCAGUGACUGAAGACCACUGCGCCGGGUGAGAGGGCGACGAGCCCAGAACGACUUGCAUACCGGACACGAAGCGUUUGUUAAUCUCAGCCAGCGUCUGUAGUACUACUUGUACUGCCACAUACAUCUUGCUUCUUGGACGAGACACAAACAGCCACAGUCAUGCUCGCACCUCCUCAACGUCCUAAAAGGCCACGCUCGCCAUCCCCAUCUCUAGAACCAGAAAUAUCAGAUCUUGCAUCUCCCCUAGAUAUCCUCCUCAAACGGCGGAAGAAGGAGCAGCACCAGCACUUUGGCCUGCCAGAUUCUCCGCAUAGUGGCGCUCUUGCCUCUCCUGUGCACACCUAUGAUCAAGACUACUUCAAUUACUAUCAGAAUACUCAAGCAGAAAGCAGUUCGACGCCCCAAAUAAAAACGGGGUUGGAGAUGGGAGUAGAGCGGAGAAGGACAAAGCAGUGGGACAAGAUCAAUGCCCCCCCGAGUGGCGCGUACCAACAUCAGCAACAAUACCACUAUCCACAAGGACAUCUGGCGACUCCUAUCACCCACCCAGCACAAGCAGCUCCAUCCUCUGCCGCCUAUCCAUUCCCGACACCGCUUCCCGUUCCUCACGCGAGUAACGCAGCACCGCUCAUGUCCUCUUCUCCUAUACGGAACCAGCCUCCAUCGUCUUCUCCCUUCCGGGAAAAAGCGGAAAACAUGCAGGAGGAGCAAUGGAUAGACGAAGAAGAGAUGAGACGGGAAUGGGGUGAAGCGUAUACUGAGCAAAACUCCCUGCUUCACAACCUGCACUUGGCUCGGCUCAACGCAACUAUACGACCUCCUUCAUCCCCACGGUCGCAUUCUCAUCCUUCCCGUGCGUAUCGAUCUCCUAAUCCAUCGUCGUCUACCAUUUUCUCUCCUGCUCGAACAUCAACAUCACCUUAUAUCCAGCGAACACCGUACCCGCAAUCAUCUCCGUACACUCCAGCACGUCCUCCUCCGCCUCAUCAUACCCAUUCCUAUACCAGCUACGAUGGAAUGAAUGAGAAAAUGGGCGAUGAUGAAGAUAUGAAUGAUGAGACCGAGGCUGAAAUAGAAGUGAGAAAGAGAUACGAAGAGGCAAACCGAUUGUUGGGUCAAUUGGCCGUGGUGAGGAGGCAAAGAUGGGGUGAAGCGGAAGUAUAGUGAGGGACAUUGUUGAGCAUAUAUGUUGUGAUCUGAUUUUUGUAGAGUACCUAUGUAUUGUGAAUUUCGACCCUGGUCUAAGCAAC